ACUCGGUCAACCAAAUCGACAGUGGUUGGUUCGUUGCUCGCUCCGUCUUCAAAUCAAAUUGCGGUCGCAAAACUCAAUUUCAAAACACGAGAAUGGCCUCAGAAGAAUUCCGAUAAAACAACAACGACCGUGACCUACACGAAAUCACACCUGCUGACAAUUUUAAUUCGUCCAGCGUUGUCCAAGGAGGCCCAUGAUGUGAGACCAACUUGCAUCCGCCCACCAGACCGGAGAGUGCCUUUCGGAAAAACAUCUGUCGGAGAACAGCUGCGGUUGCCCAUGGUUACGGGACUUAUUUUUUCAUAAUGGAGCGCCCCAAUUCCAGGUCUAGCGGCCGCCGUGAAAAGGAAAAAGAAUACAACGGCGGCGGCAGCAAAAGUGGUUCAGCAAAAUCAAGCAAGAAGGCAACUAGGACCACUCACGGCUACGCCGGCAACUUCCUCAACAGCACCUACCCCACGACCCUGUUCAACAAGGGUUACAGCUUUUACGACCCUUUCUUUGGUGUUUUGGGCCCUCACGCCUUCUCGAAUCCUGCUCCGCCUCCGUAUUCGGACCUUUUACAAAAACCCUCCUUUCCCUACUCUUCAAAUUUUGCUCAGCCCAUGUACCACAACAUGCCGGGCAGUCCUUAUGCAACUCACUCAGCCGAACCGUCCUCUUUGCCAGUUUAUGGUCCCUGGUCAUCUCCGAGGACAGUCAGACCUGCUAUGUUGUCACCAGCGUGGGAUGUUUGGUCUCCAGAGAACAGAGCAUUUCGAGAUUCUCCUAAAGGAGCACCAACGCCUCCUACAAGAUUUAGCAAUGGUUACUUGUGGAUUCCCGACGAAGACGACUUUGCCAGUUUGCCACCGCAGGUGUCUUCUGAACUGAAAUCUCCUCGCAGCUCACCAAAACCAGACAAUCGCAGGUUCAGCGAUCCUGGUCUCAACAUAUCACAGGAGGAUAAAGAAAACGAGGAGUCGUCGAAUACUGAUUGCGGAGAAGAUGACGAAGAGGGAGAGUCGGCUGCUGCUUUAGCAAUGCAGGGGGGUCUUGUGCAGCGACUUUUGAUGGAAAUGGGAGCACUGAGAGCAGCUAAUCAAAAUUUGCAACGCGAGCUGAACGAAACGAAAAUUCAACUGGAGACGGUCAAAGCUCGGCAAAAUUCAUCGUGGAGAAAUCUGGGACCGGACUAUCAUCCUGGAAUGUUUGCAGACAUGAUCCGUGAGGUAAGGGAUGCUAGUCGAUUGAGAGAUGAAGCAAUGAUGUCCCGUCUCAGAAUGGCUAGCAAUGGUUUCCAAGAUUUCUCUGAUGUGCGCCACUACCUCGAAACACAAAGCCAUCGAAGUAACGAGAGGCCUCGGCGGGAGGCACCCCCUUCGAUGAGACCUCAGGCUGCACCUCGCAGGAGAAACUUACGAACCUCGCGUGGAAGUGUACACGGGAGCAGGGCUGAAAGUAGCAUUGACGAAGAUGAAAGCAGCUUAUCAGGAGACCUGCUAUCUGGAAAUGCAGAAACCGCGUCUUGCUCGAGCCCAGCAGGGAACUCAAACGUUGCUGGGGUUUUGGCGGAGCAAGUUUCUCAGUUGCAGAAGGAAAAGCAGCAGCUCAACGAUGAAUUGAAGCAGGCGCGCGAUUCCAGGGUGGAGACGGAGGCGCAUGUUCAAAAAUUGGAAAGGCUUGUUGGGAUUCUCCGGAAGAAAAUCACUGUGGUAAAUGGGGUAGGUGACGGCUUGUCCAUGCAGGGCUCCACCGCUUCAUCCUCGCCAACGUCCUCUUUGGAACCCGUCCUUACCGGCGCCAUGUCACAGGUCACUAUCCACGGCCCUGUGACCAACUUGUGAACUUGCCUCUUUUGAAUUUUUUUAAGUUAAACAAAUAAUGGUUACAAAAUAUAAUAUUAUUUUCCACGGAGAAAGAUAGAUUCCCUUGCAAGCUAGUGACUAUUUCUCUAGCUGUGCGGCUAAUUGACAGCGACGUUUAUUAAACGCGAUACAGGCAAACCAUACCAAUGAACCAGAAUCUGAUAUACAAUUAAUGAUACCACUGUUAUUUACUUGUAGUUGAACCUAUAACCAUAAAAUUAUUUUAUCAGAAAAUUGUGUCCAAGUUUUAAGAAGAAUUGGAAAAUUUCUAAAAAUUUGCCCAGAAGCAAUCAAAAGUGUAAACUUUGAAUCAUCAAGUGAUACAUUAAAAUGUUGAACAUCUAAAAAGUCAACAUCACUAUUUGAAUUAACAUUGAAUGCAAUAAACUGACUGAAAGUAGUAUUUUUAGACGAAGAAAAGAAUGUACGGCACCAAUCAGCUUAAAGUUGUUUUAUGCAACAAAUUUCAAACGCGUUUUGUUUAUGUAACUUUUUGAACUAAUAUUUAUAUAUUCUGCUUUUAUUGUUCUAUUUACACUUUCUACUUAAUUACAGCUGUUUCCAGUAUUAUGCUCUUUUGUGAAAAAAUUGUGUCAUUCAUUAUCGUCAUCAUCGAAUAUUGAGCUGCUGAAUUUGUCAAAUAAUAAAAUGUGUAUAAUUCGUACUUGGA